AUGGGCGUCCCUCUCGUCGAACCCGAGUACGUCUUCGGGCUAAGAGGGGGCGUAACGGAGUGCGUCGUGCACGUGGACACAGACACGGUGGCGUAUCCUGCGGGGUCCUACCUGGUCCUCCACGACACGGCCAAGCAGCAGCAGCACUUCGUCAGUCUCACGGAGGAAGCCAUUCCGACCGCCCUGGCCAUAUCGCCCAAGAGGCAAUACCUAGGCGUAUGUCGCGCGGGAGACUCGGCGGCGGUGAGCGUCUGGGACGUGGCGGCCCGCAAGCGGCUGCGGUUCCUGAGCUGCGCCGAGAUGGUGAGCGAGCGCUACGUGGCGGCGGCGUUCAGCCCCGACGAGCGCAUGGUGGCUGCACAGGGCGGCCCACCCGACUGGACACUCGUGCUCUUCCUGUGGGAGAAGGGGAAGGUGUUCUCGGUCCUGCGCCUAAGUGACACCCCUGGCCUGGGUCCUGUGUCGAGUGUCACCUACCACCUUGAGGACAACGGGAUCCUCUCUGUGGUGGGAGAGCGGGUCCUCAAGCUCCUUAAGCUCAAUGACAAGCUCCUCAAGACGUGGGGGUACCAGGGGGGGCACAACCACAACUGCCAGUGUCAGGUGUGGGCGGACCAACACACGCUCCUCGUGGGCACGGACGUCGCCUCGGUACUGCUGCUGGAGGAGGGAGAGCUGAGGGCGGAGAUUCGGGUCACACAUCCAGAUCUCGGGCCAGAAUGCGACAAAAAGACAUCGGGAGAAGGCGUGGCAGCUCUCGGGGGGCGUGGCCUCGGACCCCGUCACCGCCGCGUCACCGCCCUCAAGGUGUUCGUAGGGGGGUUCCUCUGUGCUUGCGGCCCCGAUAAGGUGUUCGUCUUUCAGAAGAGCGAUGACGUCAAUGAGCACUAUUUCCAGGUGGCCCGUAACAAGAGCCCUGAUAUUCCAACACAGCGCUACAUGCUCAGAAUCUGCGAGCCUUCCCCGGGGGCCCUCGUCAGCGGCCGCGGAGAACACACCAUCACGACCCUCUCUCUCUCUCCCGGCGAGAAGAACAUCGUCGCAGCCACACACACGCGCCAGCUGUUCACGAACCCUCUGCCUUCUCUCGAGGCGGCUAAGCUCCCGAGCCUCAUGUUCUCCCCCCUCCACGCCCGCCACCACGAAGGCGGGGUCGUGGACGCCGACGGGUGCCUGUGGAAGACCAUCGUCGUGAGCGGGGGCCAGGACCGCACCGUCAGGGUGUGGGACUACCAGGAGCACUCUCUCCUCCUCACACACGCCUUCAGGGAGGAUAUAUUCUCCAUUUCGCUCCACCCUACUGGCCUCCACGUCGCGGUGGGCCUCACCGACGCCCUGAGACUCCACCACGUACUCUUCGACUGCCUCCGACCGUACUCCGAGAUCCGGAUCAGGAGGUGCGGCGCGUGCAGCUUCUCGCCGAGCGGAAACCUGCUGGCGGCGGCCGACGGAAACCUCCUGGUCAUCACCUCCAACGUUUCCCUCAGGAAGAUCUUCACGCUGAAGGGGCACUCGGCGAAGGUGACUGGCAUAGGCUGGUACCCAGACAGUUCAGCUGCCAUGACCUGUGCGGCCGAUGGCACUGUGGUUGGCUGGGAUGCACACAAAGGACAGUCUAUUUGGGAGGUGUCUUCCCUCACAUCCGCAAAUUACCUGACGUGGACUCUCUCCCUCGACGGCAAACCCACGGUGCUCGUAGGUCACGGGUCCUCCUUCACCGAAAUCACAGGUGGCCAGGUCAGCUUCUCGAACCUCGUGUUUGUUAUUCGUGUUAUUCAGUUCGAAUAUGUUAUUCAGAUGGUCCAAGACAUCACUUAUGAACCGGGUGACCUAACCUGCGCCGGCAUUUCCCCUGUAAAGACUCUGGUGACCCUGGGAUCUACAUCAGGUCAGCUGGUGGUCAAUAAAUACCCUCUGCACAUGGCACAGAAGUUCACGGCAUUUCAAGCACACAGUGGCUCUUUGAACAAGGUGUUUUAUCCCUGCAUUAAUGUGCUGGUGACGGGCGACGAGAGCAAGGUGGUGACGUGCGGCGCGGACGGCGUGAUCCUGGUGUGGCGAGUGGCGGCCUUGGAGGAGGAUUCCCCGGGUUACGUGGCGGCGAGAGAGAGGCUGGAGGACCUGCCUCGCGUCCCGGAGAUGCUGGUGACCCGAACUGACCUUCAGACCAGAUUGAACUCCCCAUACCCUCCCCUUACACCACAAAAAGUCAUGCUCUCGUGGAUUUCUCUCCUGUCCAAAACGCGCCACCACCUGGAGGAGCUGGAGCGUCGCGUGUCCUACCUGUCGAGAGACAAGGAAGUCCACCUGGGUCUUCAGCAGCAAGAGUUCGCCGCGAGCAGGGAUGCCUUGGUGGCCCGGUACCAGACUAUCGUCGACCAAAUGAACGACACGAUACAGACCCUGGAGAAGGAACGCGAGCAGCUCAAGGACGGGCAUAAGGGCUCCUUAGCCAAGCUCGCCGAUGAGCACAGCAAUGUCAUGGCAGAACACCAGCAGGAGUUGAGGAAGAAGCUCCUCUACGAGUACUCGAAGCAGGACAAACUCGAGGCCAAGCUGAAAGAGAUGCAACAGACGCUCGACAGACAAGUCGAGGAAGCAGAGAAGAGGACCCGCCUGGAGCUGCAGGAGAGGCUGGACCAACAAGAAGGGGUCGUUGAACAGCUCAAGAUGGAUUUUGAGAAGGCAGCACAGAUAUCUAGUAUUAUGUGUGAACCUUCCUUAAUAACCUUGUUACAACACAUUGUAGCUGUCUUUCAGACUAAGACAACGGCGGAGCUUGAACGCGAGAGGAGCGAGGGGGCGGAGAUCGUGCGCCUGGUGGAGGCGGCGACGGAGGCCGAACUAGGCCAAGUAAGGUCGAGUCUGCACGCCCAGUUGGCGGAGGAGCACCAGAAUGUCAUCAGACUGCGCAGUGAGAUGGCAGCUAUGAGGAAGAACUUCGUCACAGUGCAGAGGGAACGAGAGCAGAAGGAGGAGGACCUGAGGGUGCUGACGGACGACAAGGCGAAGCUGCAGUCAUCCAUUCGAGGUCUUGAGCGCGAGCUGGCUGCCCUCAGGCGCGAGGUCAACCACAGGGACGACAUCAUACACGACAGGGAGAGCAAAAUCACCAACACGAGGGAGAGAAUCGGGGAGCUCGAGAAACAGAGGUUCCUCCUCGACCAUCAACUCGGCCAACUCAAGGAGGAGCUCGAGCCCCUGCAGGCGGCGCUCGAUCAGAGGUCCCAGCAGAUCAAGCAGAUGGAAGAGGAAAUGAGCGAGACGCGGCUGGUGGUGAGCGCCCGCGACCGCCAGGUGAAGGAGCUCGGGCAGCGGCUGGUGACGGCGGGGCAGCAGUCGCGGCAUUUGCAGCAGAGGAACCACAACCUCGCGACGACUCUCACGCGCGUCCUGGCCGAUCUCGCUUCGGCAACGCACCUCAUUCAUCAUCCGAAGAAGCUCAAGGAUGCUAUUAAGACUCUGAACGACAAGUACGUUCAGAGCGGACGACUGAAGGAGUUCUGGACCCGACCUGAUUUGGACAAGAUUGCGACCUCUUCUGCUGACGACAUGGCCAAACACAUAAAAGAGUAA